AUGACGAAAUCUACGAGCAAUGCUUCACGUUUUUCACCUUACCAAUCGAUAUUACCGCGAAAAAAGGAGCCAGAGAUAAUUUGUGAGAAAUCAGUAAAAAAUAUAAAACCUCCCUUUAUCCUUGAGAAAAACCAAACCACAAGAACUUUUCCAGAGGAAAUAAGUGAAAUUCCAGAGUAUGAACGUGCAACCGAUAUUGUGAUCGGCUCUGUAAAAAAAGUCGAUCCACUCGAUGUAAACUCAAAAACAGAGAUUAAUAAUAUCUCUAAAGAUUCAGAUAAUGGGAAAAAAUGCUUCAAUUGUGGCUCAACCUAUCAUAAAUUUCAGAUGUGCCCAUUACCAAAAGACAUUAAAACAAUAGAAAUAAAUCGCGAAAAGUACGAAGAAGAAAAUCCAAGUGAUAAUAAUAACAAUAGUAAUACUCAAUUCACUCGAUAUUAUCUGGAAAUUAAGAAGCAGUCUCUUAUUGAAAGUUUUGUCCCUGGAGUAAUAUCUGAUACUUUAAAAAAUGCUCUUGGAAUAUUAGAUUCGGGCGAAGAACCACCUUAUUAUUGUAAUAUGCGUAUUUUCGGUUAUCCUCCCGGCUAUCUUGGAUAUGAAACGGGUCAAGAUCCUUUACAAGAAUUAAAAAAUUUACGAAAAUAUAAUGAUUCAUGGGAUGUAUCAUUAAUGAAAGUUUAUGGGGUAGAUGAAGAAUUUAAGAUAGCAAUUGCCUUUGAUCAAUCUAAAAUAGACAAUGCAUCUUCCUCACAGAAUUUACUAUCAUCAGAUAAAAAAGAUGAACAGAAUUUGUUGAGUGAUAAAGAAGAAGGAGAAUUGGAUGAGGACAAUGACGAGGAUCGUAAUAAUUUUCUUUCAUGUCAAAAUAGUAGCAGAAUCAAGAACGUGCCACUAGUUGAAUAUCCAGGACUGAAUUCAAAGACAUAUUCGAAAGUAGACACAACAUCUAUAAGUUAUUGGAAUUUUCUGCUACAGCUUCAAAAUCUUUCGCAAAUGAACACUUUUUUUGAUGGUAACAGUAUGUUCCACUAUCAUAAUACUGAACCGUUGCCUCCGGGCGUCGAACCUUCAUUCAGAGAGAGCCGAAAUCUAGCUCUUCCAGUUAGUAAAACUGCGGACAUUUCAUCAAAAAAUAAAACAUCUCAAUCGCAGAUAGAGAAAGAUAAUAUUGAAUCUGGAGAGGACAGUGAUAUGCACCUUUCAGAUUGA